AUGCAAUGUAAUGUUAAACUAUUGAUCGAUUUUAUUAAAGACUUUUCGGCAGAGCAGCAAGAUGAUAAAAUACCAAAAGAAAAGGUAUUUAAAGCGAUACCAAUCAUCAGAAAAAGAGAUAUAGCAAAAAUUGUAUCAAAUCUCAAUGAACAAAUGCCAGUAAGAGAUGCAAUAUCGCUAAUAAUAUCUAGCUACAAGUUUAAUCAGGUGGUCAUUGAGCAGAUAAUUCAAUCAACAGAUGAUGUCAAAUUUACUCGACAAGCAGGAUUUGCAUUCUGCCUUCAACUCCUAGCAGCUAUUUACUCGCCAAGUGUAAUUAUAGAUCACAAUACAUUCAUUUUGUUCUUUAACGAAUUCGAGUAUAUUCCUUCAAUCAAUUAUUCAAUAUUUUUUGCAUCUGAGUUAAUAUAUAACAUUAUUGAGACACCAGAAUUCGAAUGGUCGAAUGGAUGCAUUACUCUAAUAUGCUCAUAUAUAGUUGGUCAUCCUAUAUUAGGCCAUGAUGAUAGAUUUUCAAAAGUAUUUGAAGCAUUAGUUACAAAAAUGCAUUGUUUACAACAGUAUGAUCUCUGUCUUACAUUAACUUCAUCCCUUUAUAGGAUGUAUUGCGAAGAUUUUCCCUUAGCCUCGAGAGUCGACCAGCAUCAGAUCAUUGAGUUUGUAUCAUACAUGAUGAAUGAUUUGAGCAUGCAAGCUCUCAAAAUUUUCGAAAUAAUUAUGAAAAAAAAUAAUUUUCAAGUUAUUCCUGUAGUUUUACAUGAACUAGCAGACAUAUUCUCUACAAAAAUCAACAUAUGUGAGGUUUCUAUCAGUAUUACUAAGUAUUCUCAAAUGCUAAAAGCGAAUAUCGAAGAAGCAAAUUAUAUUCAAGGAAUUCCUUCACCGCCGAAGCUCUUAGUUGAAGAAUUCCCUAUAGACUUCCUUAAAUCUGACAUAAUAGAGCUGUAUAACCUGAUUUUACCCAUCUUUCAACUUGAUAAUAAAUUUGAUGACACUUUGUUCUUGGCUUUGCUGUCAAACAUGAGGGAUUAUGGUGAGCACUCACCCCAUCUAUUUGAUUUCAUCGAAUUCCUCAUAAAAUUGCUCGAAAUUCGGCCGGAUUAUAAGUUAUUAAUGGCAUUUUACAAUUCUAUAGCCGAUAAAGCACUUUUCAAUCCAAACCGAACAAUUUUCAGUGAAAUUUCUUUGGUCGUUUUGUCUUAUCGGAGAAAAUUUUUGGAUUUGAUCGCAAAUUGCGAGUCAAAAGUGUUUCCUGGCAUUCUUAAGAUGAAAGACAAGAACUACUUGCUAUUUACAGAGAUAGUAGGCUAUAUUACGACGCACAGAGAAACAAUAAAUUUAAAAUUAUUUGAAAACGAGCUUGUAAUUGAAGCAGCGACCAACGUUGCAAAGAACAUCACAGAUAAUUUAUAUGCGUUCUCUGUUUUGCUUGAUUUUGCCCUUUCUUUGAUCGCAAGAACAAAAUCAAUCUUUUUCCCAAAGAUCGUCAACUUAAUUGACAUUUUCAUGAACAACCAUAAUUACUAUAGGUAUAUUAUGCCAGUGAUAUUCAAUAAAUUGUCAAAAAUUGACAAUUCCAAGUCAAUUCGACAUAUUUCCGAGUAUUUCAUUGGCCUUUACCAGAAAAAGUUCGAGCAAAACCUCAUACUGAACUAUUUCUCUGAUCUGAUCCAUUGUAAUCCUCAAUUAUCCCAUCAAUUGACAAAAUUAAUUAAAGAUUUUGCAGAAUUUCCACCGGAAAGUGCAGAAUACGUAUUAAGAUUCAUGCAAGUGAUGGAUAAGGACACAAUUGAUCCACAAAUCCUUCUCCAAAUUGGAAAUUCAAUUAGAAAAGUGCCAAAUUACGUAAAUAAUCAAAUGAUCUUCCAAAAGAUACUAAGUAUAAUAGCAAAGAAUCAUUAUCUCAACAAAGAAACCAAAUAUAUCAUAGAAAGACCUUAUUUUAUUAUUUUAUUGUUUAUUGUAUAUGGUGACACACCGAAAAUGAAAGAGAUUUUCAAAAUAUUCCAGGUGUUGAUUGAUUAUUUGUUCGAAAAUCUCAAAAGGCUUCAAAUUGGCAACGUGGAUUAUUUUAUUCUUUGUUGUCUCAGAAAUAACUUCAAAAUAACCAAUGUCCCGAUUGAAGGAAUAGAUUUCCCUGUCCUAAUUACGCGAGAACUCUAUGAAGAUAUCGCAAAGAACAUUUUCGAGCAAAUUUCAGUUUUUCAGAGCAACGCCAUGGUCAUUGGUGAAUUUGCUCUCAUAUUCAAGAAGGUAAACCUUGAAAUUGCACCAGAAGCCGCUAAUUUAUUAUUAAAUACUCUUUCAAGGUCAAUUGUCUUCAUUAAAGAGUAUUUCCCACUUGAAUAUAAUGAUUACUCCAAAGUUAUCGAUGACUACCAGAUAGAUUUCAACAAAAUCUGCUAUUUCGAUAUUUAUAUUUCGAUUAACGAUUAUGUAGCAGCUGAAACCGGUACGUUAUUGAAUAUUAUCACCAUAAAAGACGAUUACAACAACUCAUUCCGCUUAAUACUUCACGACAGCAAGAUAUUUGCUCGAAUGACAGCCGGAAACAUGAAUGCCAUUGUAACUCUGUACACAACAUAUCAAUGGCAAGGCGAUAAAUACCUUGGCAUCAAAUAUCAGCCGAAAGAUGACAAAAUGGCCCAAUUUUUCACUUGGUUCGACGAUAGAGAAUUCGGUGAAGCUUCCUUUUUCAUUCCCCAGUUCAAAGGUAAGAAAAAACUCUGUUUCGGAGGCGGCGCCGGCCAGCAAGAGCAUUUCCAUUUGACGCAAGGUAUCUGUGGUAAGAUAAUUAUUAAUAAUGAUACUUUUACGUUCGAUUCAAAAACAUUUAACUUAAGUUUAUGCGCAUCUCGCUUUGAUUUGCAUAAUUCCAUAACUAACUACUUCGCUUAUGUAUCGCAGACCCCUCUGGAGCUCGAUAUGCUCAUUCUAGGAAUAAUUCAUAAGAUAUUCGUGUCAAAUCCUGAGUCGCAGAAGACUUUUCAGUGCGUAUUUGAGAUAUUCCAGCGAUUAGUAGCAGCGCCGAAGAAGCUUUGUUACAAAAUUUUCAAAGUUUUGCUGGCCAUUUAUCAAGAUAUCACUUUUCCUAAGCUGAAGAAGAACUGGUUCAAGAGAUUAGUGUUCAACUUCACUCUCUGGGCCAAAUGCGAUUGCCAAUCCUUCUGUUUUAUUGUUACAACUAUGACAUCUCUUCUAAAAGAAGAUUCUUUGUACAAAGAGAUGAUCUACUACAACUUCUCGUUCUUCUCCGAGUGCCUCUUAUACUACAGACUUAUAUUUAACCGAACAAAUAAAGAUAAAUUCCACGCACACGAAGUAAAGCUCGGAAACGUGACAAAUCCUGAAGAUCGGGCCAAAUGUAACCAUGUCAUGCUUGAUUUCAUCAAAAAUCUUGGAAAAUAUUCCUUAUCAAUUGAUGAUAUCGACAUUUUAUUGAGUCUCGUGCAUGAUGCUGAGGAUCCUGACAUAUUUCUUGGUAUAAUAAGGGAUUUGGCACCAAAUAUUUUGACUUUGAUGCCUGAUUUCCCAAAUAAAUUUAUUUAUUUCAAGCCCCAAGACAAGAAAUCGACAAUUAUAUUGUAUUGUCAGGUCCUACAUGCCCUUAAGCAUCCGAAAUUGCAUAUUAUCUAUAUGAUGCUCGCUCAAAAAAUUAAUAAUUUUAAUUUUGUCGAAGAAUUACUUGCAGACAUGAUUGAGAACAUCCAAAUCUACCCUAAUACAUUCUCUUUCAUCUUAAGCAUCAAUAGAUUGCAAGAUAACGUGCUUCCUGUCAUAUUUUCGUUAUUUAAUUCGAAAGAUAUUGUCAAAAACAUAUCAUUUGAUGGUAUCUGGUAUCUACCGAUUGUUCAGCAGUGUUUGAACGCUCAUUACAUGUUGAUUCACGAUUCAUUUUAUUUGAUAUUAGAUUUAAUCAAUCAACAUGAAGAUCCGACCACAAAUUUCAUGAUUUUGUUCAAUAUCGUAUUCCUUUUCCAAGAGAAAUCGCUCUGUGACGAGAAAUUACUUUUGACAUUUUUGAAAGCAGCCAAAAAAGUGAAAUUCUGGAAUUUUACUGACGAACUUUUUAUUUGUAGUGUGUUUGGACUUCUUUUCUCUAUGAAUUACUCGAUUUUGAGGAAAGAUAUCGCGUUAUAUUACAAUAAUCACUACGGAUUAUCGAGAGAUUCUAGUGAUGUGUCAACAUUUGACUCGAUGAUCACGUUAUUCAACAAUUUCUCUGUUACAAACCUAUACAAUUCGUAUGAAUUAAGUCAAGAUAUCAAAGAUUUGUGUUUUUCAUAUUAUAAUGAGCUGAAAAGUCCAUCACAGUUCCAGAGGGACGUGAAAGACAUGAUUGAGAAGAUAUUUAACUCGAAAUUGGUGCAAAACACUCAACAAUUUGAGGAAAUUACCAAAAUUCAUGAUAUUUUGAAGUCUAAAUUCCUUGAUUCGAUGGGAGUAACAAAGAACCAUCUUAGUUUAGAGAUAUUCUUGGAAAAUCAAUCAGGAUUCGAAGAAAUCCACAAACAAAAGAGUUUUGCACAAAAAGUUUUGGAUAAUUUCACUUCACUUAUAGAGAGAUCUUAUUCCAGACCAUUGGAUUUCCCUCCGAGGUUCAUAAAAGACAGGCAUCUCUAUAACCAGAUACCAAUCAUCUUCAAAAUGAAAAGACCUAAAAAACCUGACAAUUUCAAUAUAAUUGACAAACCGUUUGACUUAACCGUCAACCAAUGUUUAAGGAUCAGUCUGUUUUCGAAGAAAGAUGCGUCGGUCAAGCUGCAAAAUAACAAUUUGAUUUAUACAACGAAAAAGAAAGAGCAAGUAAUUAAAUUUGACAAAAUUAAAUAUACAAGAAAAGUGUCAAAAGAUAUUGAAAUUUUAUUUGAUGAUGGAAAUACUUUUCUGUUGAGUUUCGAUGACAAAAAUGUCCAGAACAUGAUAUAUAAUGCUUUCAAACACCCUGCUUUUGAAUUUAAUAACACAGAAACAAGUUUUAACGUAAUUUUAAAUUUGAAUGAAAAAGUGUUCGGACGAUCAUUUAACUCUCAAUCUUUUUAUCCAUUUUUCCCGAGAUUUAUAUGUACAAUUGAAGAUUUGAGCAUGUUGCAUGAUUUCUCCAAUUGUACAGACUUAUCUGAGACGCCGCAAAUUUCUAGAGCAAUUGGAAAGAAGUUGAACAGAUUGGAAAAAGAAUUAGAAAAAGGUGACUUCAUUUUGUCAGAUUUUCUAUUCAAUUUUGACUCAAUUUUUGCUGACGACCAUAUUCCUAAGAAUUGUAAGGAUAAAUACGAGUUCAUCUACCAAAUGAGACGUGUUCUGGAAACAGAUGAAUUCCGUCAAAUUUUGAUGAAAUGGAUUUUUAACCUUAAAUGUGAAUUUAAGGUUAAAAAAGUGAAAAGUGAUGAUUUUAAUUUUCCAAGUAAUUCUAAUAAGUUGAAAUUCCAGAUUCCUGUUUCUAAUCCUGAUUUCGUUGCUGCUUUUCCACAAAAUGAUUUCUUCUUCAUUUUUAUCGCUAAAGAAACGUCACUUUUUCAGUUCAUUUUAUCACCAAAAAAUUUCCAACAACUGAAAAAAGUUAAGACUUAUCAAAUCGAAGAAAUGACAUUCCAGAAAGAGAAGAAUUCGUUAAUUGGACUGACAAAUGUUGGAACACCAAAUAUUUACAAUUUUGACGGUUUGACAGAAAAAGAAUUAAAUAGAUGUUUGAGUUAUAGAUGUUCUAGUAACAAUGAAGAGUUUUAUUAUGUUGAAACUGGCUUCGAAGUCAUCAUGGAUUCUUUGGAAUGCAUUUUCAAAGUGAAUGAAAAUAUUGUUGAUUAUUUUAUUUCUGAUGUUUACAUGAUUAUGGCUGUUGUUACUAAUUCUUCUUUGUAUUUGUUUAACAUAAGAAGAAAGAGACAGAUAUUUAAGAUUUCUCUUAAAUACCAACCAACGAAAGUCAUGAUUUCGGACGGAUUCAGUUUCUUGGCUGUUUCUUCAAAGAACAAAUCGUAUUUCUAUUCACAAGUUGGACAAGUGAUUAGAGAAUAUGAUUAUCCAUUCGACAGCUUAGUUACUGUUUGUGGUUUCGAUUUCUUCACAACAAUUGAUGAGAAAUCUUUUGUUUUGACUGAUAUAAUCACUGGAGAAAAGAAAAUUAUCGAAGAAAAUGACAUUUUGGAUGUUGCUUUCAACAGCGAAACAAGAGUUGCUUUGAUUUCUACAAAUCAGAGUUUGAUACUUUAUAAUUGUCCAGAGAUUAUUCCAAUCUCGAAAUUAGAGAAACAUUAA